AUGGAUUUCUACAUCGCCUAUGAAUAUUCAAUCAAUAAUAAUGCCUCCACGUUGACAACAUUCAUCGCGAAUACAGUACAACCGCUAACUUUUGGCUAUCUCCACUACAUCACUCCGAUCCUUCUCGCUCUUUGCAUUUAUAUAAUUUUUGCAUCAUUCGCCUCUUCUCGAUCCGAUCGCUUCUACGCAAAUGGUUACAUCGCAGCGGUUAUCCUGUGGCCUACCCUGUACAACAUUCGUUUAGUCUACCAUGAGACAUUCGGCGAUAUCGGCUUUGCGCAACUUGGCUUUGGCUAUGCAACCAGUUUCGAGGCAAUCCAUCUAUUAGAGACCACUUCAUUCAUCAAUCUCUCUUUUUGCUCGUUUCUCUUCAUGGCCUCGCAUCUACUCGCUUUUGUCGACAAAAAGCCUUACAGUGGAGGCCUCGCCUACCUCCUUUUGUGGAUUCCGUCAUUCGGCCUCAGCUAUGCCCUCUUCACCGUGCAAAUCCCAGUCAUCUCUCGUUGCCUUGUCUUCCUCGUCUCCGUUCUCCCGUCGAUCGCACUCAUUGCUGCAGCAGCGCUCAGUCUUCUGUACCUCUUGCUGAGCGGAGCUUUCUCGUUUCGAAUCAGCAUGAAGAAAUACUAUAAGCCGGCCCUUCUCGUUUUCGUUUCGGCCGCCUGCCACUGGAAUACAUUGUGGAUCAGCUACCGUACUGUCCCCAAAUUACUCUUUGGCCCGAUCACCCCCGAAAUCAUAAACAACACGGUCCACGAUUGGCCCAAGAGUUACCCAGUACAGCACGCAAAGCGAACUGGUGGCGAAGUGGUGCCGAUUCUUGUCCGCGAAAUGUCACAAGAGAAAUCAUCGCAAUCGAGUGGCAAAGAAAAGUAU